UCUAAUCCUAGGACUGCAAGGCCGCUCAAAGCCCUCUCUGCCGGACCGCACGCCGUUCGGUUUCGGCGUCGCGUACGAGAGCAACACGUACGUGGUAGACAACAUGAUGGACCUGCGGGCAGUGCUGAAGAUGGAGGAGCCGCGGACGGUGUACGCGUGCAGGGUGAGAUCGUAGGAAGUCAGAUCAACGAGAGCUUCGCGGGCGAUUGCCGGUACUACAUCGACUCGAGCCGUGUGCCGGAUUUCAACUUCGCUGUAUGACAUGGCGCUUAACGCUACGUACACGGAUGCUGUGAAGGCGGCCGUCGCCACGAACCAGAUGUUCGAGGGUCAGAAUGCGACGGAGUACUUGGAGUUGCUGAAUCGUCCGAAUGUAUGCCUUUUUAUUAUUAUUGAAUAUGAGAAUAAUAUAUAUAUACAAUUUAUCUAUCUUCAAUGUCAUCAUUCAACUUCACGACUGAGGACCUGCGACUUGGAUCCAGGGAUGGCGCGGCACGGCUCAAAACGUGCAGAAAUCGUGGGAGUCGAUCGAUGCUCAAGGGAACCUCACUCUCAUCGGAAUGAACGAUCUAGAGGUGUCAUCUUGGAUUCACAGUCUUGAACAACCACCCACCAAGAGAAACCACCAUAUUGACAC